AUGGCCUGUGUUCCGGAGCUGCUUCUUGGUAUUUUGGAAGAACUGGUCGACAAAGAGCUCAGGAAAUUCCAGUGGUUCCUUACUAAUGUCUCUGAGGGAUACACGCAUAUCCCAAAGUCUCGGGUUGAUGGGGUGGACAGGACAGGCACUGUGGAUCUGCUGGUGCAGACGUACAGCUACGAUGGCGCUGUUACUGUCACUGAGGACAUACUGUUAAAGAUGAACCUCAAACUGUGGGCUGAAAAACUAAAGGAGGGGUACAGUAAAGUUUCUUGCAAUCAUGCAGACAAAGAAGUUGGCCACCAAACAAUCCAAGAAAAACUGAAAUCAACUCUGAAGGAAAAGUAUCAAAACAUUUAUGAGGGGAAUGCAGAUGAGGGGGAAACGGUUUACCUAAAGAAAAUCUACACAGAACUGCACAUGAUUGAAGGAGCCUGGGGAAGCUUUAGUGAAGAGCAUGAGGUCAGACAGCAGAGGUCAGCACAUGUGUCAGUAGAUGAAAAAUCCAUCAAAGCUACUGAUAUUUUCACACCCACACUCAACCAAAACAAGCGAAUCAGAACAGUGCUUACCUUGGGUAUUCCUGGAAUGGGUAAAACAGUCUGUGCACAGAGGUUUACACUAAGCUGGGCAGAAGGAGAGGAAAAUACAGACAUUGCCUUCCUCUUCCCACUGCCUUUCCGUGAACUAAAUACCAUCAUAGGUGAGAAGGACUACAGCCUAAUGCAACUCAUCCAUCAGUUCUUUCCAGCGAUCAAACCUCUUGAGAAGCUGGGAACAGAUUGCAAAGUCCUCUUCAUCUUUGAUGGCCUCGAUGAGACUCUUCUGCCCUUGAAUUUCAAAGAAAACAAAGUUUUGAGAGAUGAAACUGAGCCGGCCUUGCUCGAUGUGCUCAUCACAAAUCUCAUCACUGGAGAUUUGCUCGGCAAUGCACUCAUCUGGAUUACCUCCAGACCUGCGGCAGCCAACCGGAUCCCUCGAAAGUACAUUGAUCAGUGGACAGAGGUGAAGGGCUUUGGUAAUGACCAGCGGGAGGAAUACUUUAAGAGAAGUUUACACAAUGACAGCCUUGCCCUCAAGGUCAUCAACCAUGUGAAAUCAUCAAGAAGUCUAUACAUCAUGUGCCAAAUACCAGUUUUCUGCUGGAUCACUGUUACGGUGAUGAAGAAACUGGUGCAGAACAAUAUGACAGGAGUCAUACCCAACACUCUGACUGAGAUGUAUACAUAUCUGCUUAUCUGCCAGACUGACAGAAUGGUUGAAGGACACUAUCAACUGAAAAGUGACAAUGUUGUUUUGAAGCUAGGAGAACUGGCAUUCCGCCAGCUGGAGAAAGGAAAAUUGAUCUUCUAUGAGGCUGACCUGAAAGAAUGUGGCAUGGAUGUCACUGAGGCAACCAUCUACUCAGGCGUUUGCACAGAGAUCUUCAUGAUGGAAGGAGAAAGGAGACGAAAAGUUUUUAGCUUCGUACAUUUGACCAUCCAGGAAUUUCUAGCAGCUGUGCAUGCCCAUUACUCGUACAUGCAAAGAAAGGAAAAUGUUUUCCUUGGAUACCUAAAAAGGAUUUUCACAAGAUGGCUCUCCAAGUCUGUAUUCAAUUUUCAUAAAACUGCCAUUGAAAAAGCCUUAGAGAGUCCAGAUGGCCGCUGGGACCUCGUCCUCCGCUUCCUUCUGGGACUCUCACUGAAAUCAAACCAGGAGCUUCUCUGUAAGAUACUGGAUUUGGAUGCAGAAGGCGAAGAAGAUGUGGUGAGAACAAUCCAGUUCAUCAAGGAAAAGAUCAAUGAAGAAGCAGAAGCCAAGCUCAACCUGUUCCACUGUCUGAGUGAGCUCAAAGAGGAAGCUUUAGUGCAGGAGGUUCAGAGUUUUGUGAGCUCUGGAAGGCUUAAUGCCAAAAAGAUGUCUCCAGCCCAGUGGUCAGCACUGACGUUUGAUCUGAUGAUAUCAGAGACAACCAAAGAAGAGUUUGAUCUAAAGAAGUAUAUAAGAUCAGAGGAGGGAAUGGUGAAGCUGCUCACGGUCAUCACUUCCUCCAAACGUGCUCUGCUAAAUUGCUGCAACCUCACUGAGAACUGCUGUAAAUCUUUGGCUUCCGCACUAAGCUCGACCUCCUCUCAUUUAACAGUUCUAGACCUGAGUGAGAACAAGCUGAGGGAUUCGGGGGUGAAGCUGCUUUCGGCUGGAUUAAAUAGUCCACAUUGCAAAUUGAAGAGUUUAAGACUAAAAAAGUGUCAGCUCCAAGGAGACUGCUGUGAAGCACUGGCUGUUGCUGUCAGCACAGAGUUUACCCAACUCAAAGACCUUGACCUGAGUGCUAAUGACUUCCAGAGCACACACCUGAAGGCUCUCUGUGUGGGGAUGUGCAGCCAUCAUUGCAAACUGGAAACUCUGAGGUUAAAUCGGUGCAAGCUAAGAGAGGAUUGCUGUGCAGAUUUGGCUUCAGUUUUAAACUCAGGCUCAUCACUGCUUAAAACUCUUGAUCUGAGUAAUAACAGCUUGAAGGAUUCAGGUGUAUCUCUGCUAGCUGCUGGACUGAGAAAUCCACAGUGUAGACUAGAAACUCUCAGACUCAGUUGGUGCAGCCUGACACAGAAAUGCUGUGAUCCCAUUGGCUGGGGUCUCACCUCCGACUCCAAGCACCUCACAGAACUGGACCUGAGCGGAAACAACCUGCACGGUCCAGAUUUCCAGCUGCUUUGCUCUGGACUCCGAAGUCAGCACUGUAAACUCAAGACUUUAAGAUUAGACGAAUGCAGUCUCCAGAAAUGCUGUGGAGAUGUUGCCUCAGUCCUCAGUUCUGACAGCUCUCACCUGAAGGAGCUUGAUCUGAGUGGGAAUGACCUGCAGGACUUAGAGGUGAAGCUGCUCUCUGAUGGCCUUUCAAAACCAAGCUGUACACUGGAGACAUUAAAGCUGUCAUUCUGUGGAGUCACAGAAGUGGGCUGUACUCAUUUGGUUUCAGCACUUAGCUCCAACUCCUCCCACCUGAGGGAGUUGGACCUGAGCUACAACUACCUGCAGGACUCCGGGGUGAAGCUAAUCUCUGUUCAUGGGGGCAAACUUAAAAAACUUAGUGUGGAACCUAAUGCAGAAUGUUUCUUGAAAUCAACACUGAAAAACUAUCCAACCAUGCUGACGUUCGACAAAAAUACAGCUUCCAAGUCUCUCUUUCUGCAUGAUGGUGGACAGCAGGUGACAUGGGUCAGGGAGAGACAGGAGCACCCGGAUCACCCUGAGAGGUUUGAGAGUGUCUCCCAGGUGCUUUGCCAACAAGGCCUCUCCCAGCGUCAUUACUGGGAGGUGGAGUGGCGAGGACGCUGGGUGGAGAUUGCUGUGGCAAAGAGGGGAAUCAGUCGGAGGGCGGGCUAUCACCUCUCUGGUUUUGGCUACACAGACCAGUCCUGGAGUCUGUAUUGCUCUGAAGAUCACUACACCGCUGAGCACGACAACCAUAAACUGGAAAUACCAGCACCUCCUUUUCAUUCCAAUAGGGUUGGAGUCUUUCUGGACUGGCCAGGAGGCACCCUGUCCUUCUAUAGUGUGUUCUCUGGGACCCUCAGACACAUUCACACAUUCUACGGCAACUUCACUGAACCCCUCUACUCCGGGUUUGGGAUGGAGGGAGACGACUGCUCUGUAAUAAUUGUACAGUGAUGGGGAGGCAGGAGCUCAAGCGCAGCAAGUGAUGGAUGCUGAGUGUGGGUCAGUUUGGACAAAUAAGCCCAAACAAGCAUUUUGAUGGAGGGAAUUGUGUUUUAAUAUUGUGCUAAUAGUGAAGUAGUAUUUAGCCUAAAAUACAAAAAGUGUAAAGCAGCAGCCUGUGUGGCUUUAGAUUUUAAUGGUUUUAGAUUUUACUGAAAUAAACAUGGCAAAGACCAUGUUUAUUUCAGUAACAAUACCCCAAACCAAGCCGACUAAUUCUGAAGUGUUAAUACUGUAACUGCUAGUUUUCAGCCUGCUAGCUGCAGUAACAAAUCUACGCCCGAUGUCCCACCUGUGACUCCAGCCAGCAGGACACACCAGGCUGCUCUACUAGCUAAGUUAAUGAAUGUUAAAUGUCAAAGUAAACAAAAGAAAUAAUGUGAUGCUGGUGGGACUUACAGUACAAACCAACAGCAUUUCGUUAUUUAGCAUUACUAGCCAGGCCUGUGGCGCUUUUUCACAUUCUUCAGCUUGUGACUUUUGCCACCUUCAAAAUUUCAUUGUGGAUACAAAUUUAGGUGACCAUUAAGUUACGUAGAGGCGACGUACGCUGAACGUGUAACAAAUGCAAAUAGAGAAUGUAACAUCAGAUUCACAGGGGGACGAUGAAUAUGAAAAUCAAAAGAAUUGGGAUUUAUAAUAAAUUUUAAAAAAGGAAAGGUGUGACAAUGUUCAUGCAAAGUUUUGUUGAGAUUGGCCCACCUGUUAAGGUGGCGAUUACAUAA